CUCCUACUACUAUAUCUUUUCUCCAUUUCAUACUGCAAAUGAAAACCACAACUCUCACACAUACUUUGACCAUACAUAAACCUAUCAUCACCACUCACCACCACCACCUCAUAUCUAUCUCUACCCCACUCUGAUUUUUUCCAGAUGAUUCAACCACAAACAUAGACAUAAACACAUAAAACAUAAACAGUUUCACUUUUUCUUCUUCCACACCCCCUCCACACAAACCCUAAUAUUUCUCUCUUUCCAAACAAACAGAGUAAGUUUGUGUUUACACAUCUUGCCUAUAACUGCAAGAAUUACGUAAACAUAUCUUCCCUUUGGUUAUAUGAAACACAAAUUGAGUAAUAAAAGUGAGGCAAGCAUUUUUUGGGUCAGAUCCGAGAGAGGGAUAUGUUUGAAUGAAAAAACGUGGGUGUGUGUGUGAGAAUUAUGAUGAUGAGUACAAUAUUCUGAAGAAAGAAAACUAUCUUUUUCUUUCAUAAUAAUUACCUUACUCCAGAAACACCCCUUUCUCAUGUUUUUUUCUUUUGUCCCAUACCUCAUUCUCUGACCCUGUACGAACACACCACUUAAAUACAUGGAGUGGAGGGGUAGUAGUAGUUUGUGUAAGCACCAACACUAACCAAACCAAACCAAAAAAGCAAAAGAUAAAGCAAAUCUCUCUUCCACACACUUUCUCUCUCUUCACUCUCUUUCUCUCUCUUCUACACUAUCCUCCUCAUCAUGGAUUCCGGAAAUAGUGGUAGUAUGCAAUCUUCAAGCUGUGGUGAUGAAAUCGAAGAGUAUGAUUCACGCGCUGAAUCAUCAAAUUUCUCUGCGUUUUUAAACAAUCCACCACCAACAAUACCACAAAGAGAAGAAAGAAACAAUCAUGUUAUUACAAGCCAGUUUGGUAAUAACAACAGCAACAACAAUCUAAACCCACAAACACAACACCAUCAUCAUCAUAACCAAAUGUUCGAUCCAUUACCCAAUUAUUACAUGGAUCCAUUGCACAAACAAUCAACACCGUCAUCAAACCCAAACUCGUUUCUAAACCUUGAUAUGAUUUGGUCCAAAGCCACAGCUAGAUCUGAACCAAACAACAACACCGAUCUUAGCAGCUUGUUGGUACCUUCGUCUACUUCAUCGUCUUCUUCUCAACAGAAUCAGCAAGCUUUCUUAUUGAGUCAAUUCGUCGGUCAAAGAGAAAACGUUGCUUCUGUUCCCACCACACACCAACAACACCACCAAUACCAUCAACAACAACAGCACCAUUCUCUACCACUAGAAAGUACUUCACGUGGAGGAUCACUCACCAAUGAUCAUCAGGAUCUUAUGAACAGUAGCAACAACAACAGCAACAACGUGCACCAACCAGGUCGAAAUCCUAAGAAAAGAUCAAGAGCUUCACGGCGUGCACCAACCACAGUUCUCACUACUGAUACCACAAAUUUCAGAGCCAUGGUUCAGGAAUUCACUGGCAUACCAGCGCCACCGUUUUCUUCACCUUUUCCAAGAACAAGGUUGGAUCUUUUCGGUUCUUCUGUUGCUUCAAGAUCUAUGUCAAAUCACAUGGACCCUCCUCCACCACCACCUCCUCCUUAUCUUCUUCGUCCUUUCGCUCAAAAGAUUCAACCGUUUUCUCCAUUGAUCCAAUCAUCUUCUUCUUCCAUGAUGGAGAAUUUAGCUUCAACUAAUUCAGCUUCCAUUAACUACCAUUUAUCACAGCAGAAUAAUCAUCCUCUCAUGCAGCACAACCAGAUUCUCGGUUUUCAAUCAAUUUCUCAAACACCAACAAAAUAUCCACAUGGGACCCAACAACCCUCCUUGGAAACCACGCCCAAUGUUGACUCACGAAUCAAAAUGAGUACUGUUUUUGAUGAAUUAGGUUUGAGCCAUACUCAUGGCCAUGUUAACAACACCAACAACGUUAACAUUGGUCUUCUUCAUCAUCAAAACAACAACAACAUGGUUACUAAUACAACAACAUCAUCAGAAGCUGUCAACAACAACAACGAGAAUCAAUGGAGUCAGAGAACCAAUGAUUUCGGUGCUGAAAAAGUACAAGAAUGUGUUGUCGUGAGUACAAGAGGAGGAGAAGGUACUACAGUGGAAUCAUGGAUUAAUUGUUCUUCUUCUGAGUAACAAACACCAUCAAAAUAUUAAUGGAAAAAAGAACAAGAUUCUUGGAGUAAUUGGUGGCAAGAUUGGGGGGAUUGUUAGCCGCCGAAAUCAUCUUUUUUAAAAUGAAAGAUGUGUUUCUUUAUUAGAUAAUUCUUUUUUUUUUUUUUGACAAGAUGUGUUUUUUUUAUAGAUAUUUCAUAUCAUAA